AUGUGCGAAGGCGACAAGGCCAUCUGGUACGCCUACAGCUACGGCUCUGACAGCCACGUCUUCCACAUGCACGGCAACAACUUUCGGUACAACGGCGACUACAUGGCAGCCAAGAACCUGAACGACGGCAACAUGUUUACGCUGUACAUGCCGGCUGGCUUGCGUGAUGUGUGGCAGGUCUUGUGCCACGUUGCGGGCCAUCUCUCCACUUGA